AGCCCUGUAGUACUUGUGACAGGGCGAUGCUAAAAAGCAAGGGAGACUUGUGCAUAUUACAGUAUUGCAGUGUGGCUUAACUUCAAAGGGAAGAGACGGCAAACAGGCUAUACUGAACUGAACCAUACAAACAGAAAAACAUGGCCGGGGCGCUAAAAGAUCGGUUUGAGAAGUUUCUCAACGAGAAGAAUGUAGUAAACGAUCAACUGGCAAAAAUAGAGGCCAAGACAGGAGUAAAGCGAUCCUACAUUGCAAUCGCUGUCAUUGCUAUUAUUUCUUUAUAUCUUGUGAUCGGAUAUGGGGCAUCGCUUUUGUGUAACCUCAUUGGAUUCGUGUAUCCUGCAUAUGUUUCAAUUAAAGCAAUCGAAAGCAUAGCCAAAGAUGACGACACAAAAUGGCUGACCUACUGGGUGGUGUAUGGAAUUUUCAGCGUGGCUGAAUUCUUUACUGAUAUUUUCCUGUCUUGGUUCCCAUUUUACUACAUGGGCAAGUGUGCUUUCCUUGUGUGGUGCAUGGCUCCCUCCCCUUCUAACGGAUCCAUGAUAAUCUACCAUCGGAUUAUCCGCCCCUUCUUUCUGAAGCAUGAGGCCAAGAUGGAUCGCGUUGUGAAGGACCUGAAAGACAAGGCUUCUGAGGCUGCUGACACCAUUACCAAUGAGGCCAAAAAAGCAACAGCAAACAUAAUGUUUGAAGAGAAGAAAAGCUCCUAAGCCCUGGACAAAGCCUUAUUUUAAAAGCUUAAUCUCUUUGGAGGACUAUGGUACAAAAAGUCUAAAUAAAUGUUGCCUUAAAGUUUUUCUUUUUAAUGAACCAGGAGACCAUUUCAAUUUUUCUCACUAUUGUAUUGUAUGUAGCCGUAGCAACGGAUGUGUGUUACGUAAAGGCAGUGCAGUGGCUGUUCAAGCUUAUUUCAAAACUAUUUUAAUCAUGUAUACAUUGGAACAAUGCAUUUCUAGUGCAUUGUCCUGCCUCUGCACAAGAAGGAACCUAAUAAAGAACAUAAUAUUA